AUCUGCAUUGUUCUUUAAAAUAUCCUGCGGCGCUUUUUUCAAACAAUUUAAAUUAAAUUAUUAUGUACUGCGGGAUGACAUUGAGAAAGCAUUUCAUUUCUCAAAUUGCGGAUUUUGGGUUUCUCCAUGUCAGCAACUUGGUUCCUACCCCUCUCGUUUCCACCGAAAAGUCCUAGCAGUCAGCAGGGCCUCUCCGCCCGAACAUAACAACCCUCCCUCAGCAACAGGAGCGCUCCAGCGUCCCGCGCGUCACUCAGCUCAUGAAUAUUCACACCAGCGUGCAGCGUCACGAGAAAGAGAGCGUCACAUAAAAGGAUACAGGUGAGGUCACGGCGACACACACAGCUGGACAGUCCGCGCAGAGGCCGGUAGACGGGUGAGUGUCAAUACUGAAACAAAGAAGAAGAAAAAAAAACUGGGACAGUUUUUCAUUCCUUACAUUUGAAAAAAGGGAACUAAGGUUGCAUCACGUAUAAAAGAAAGCUCUGCGAGGAACGGCAACAUGUUCACUUGGGUAAAUAAGGAACAGGGUGGAAGGAGCAAGGAGGGAGACAUGUUUCAAACAGUGACUGAAGGACUUCAAAGUCUUUAUACUAAAAAACUUCUGCCUUUGGAGGAGACCUACCUCUUCCAUGACUUCCACUCACCGGCGCUGGAGGAUGCGGACUUCCAGAGCAAGCCUAUGGUCCUUCUGGUCGGACAGUACUCCACAGGGAAGACCACUUUCAUCAGGUAUCUCCUGGAGCAAGAUUUUCCGGGAAUGCGAAUUGGCCCUGAACCAACGACGGAUGGAUUCAUAGCUGUGAUGUACAAUGAGAACGAGGGGAUUGUUCCUGGAAAUGCCUUGGUUGUGGACCCCAAGAAACCUUUCCGCAAACUCAAUGCAUUUGGAAAUGCCUUCUUAAAUAGGUUCAUCUGCUCACAAAUGCCCAACCAAGUUCUGCAGAGCAUUAGCAUCAUUGACACGCCAGGGAUCUUGUCUGGCGAGAAGCAGCGCAUAAGCAGAGGCUAUGAUUUCUCUGAGGUUCUGCGCUGGUUUGGAGAGCGAGUGGACCGUAUCAUUCUCCUCUUUGAUGCCCAUAAGCUAGACAUAUCUGAUGAGUUUUCUGAAGCGAUCAAAGCUUUCCGGGGGCAGGAUGACAAAAUCCGUGUGGUCUUGAACAAGGCUGACCAGGUGGACACUCAGCAGCUGAUGCGGGUUUAUGGUGCGCUGAUGUGGUCACUGGGGAAGGUGAUCAAUACUCCAGAGGUGGUGAGGGUCUAUCUCGGCUCUUUUUGGGCCAAACCGCUCCAAAAUGCAGACAAUCGGCGUCUGUUUGAAGCUGAAACUCAAGAUCUCUUCAGAGACAUCCAGAGUUUGCCUCGCAACGCUGCCCUGCGUAAGCUGAAUGACCUCAUCAAAAGAGCUCGGCUUGCUAAGGUGCACGCUUACAUCAUCAGCUACUUGAAGAAGGAAAUGCCUUCCCUGUUUGGAAAAGAGAAGAAAAAGGAGGAGCUGAUUGCCCACCUGCCUGAGAUCUAUCAGAUUCUGCAGAGAGAGCACCACAUCUCGCCUGGAGAUUUCCCUAAUGUCAUUAAAAUGCAGGAGCAACUGCAACACUACGACUUCAGCAAGUUCCCUUCUUUGAAGGUGAAGCUGAUUGAAUCUGUGGACAGAAUGUUGUCCACCAAGAUCUCAAGUCUGAUGAACAUGAUCCGAGAGGAAGAAAGCAAACAGCCUACUCAGAUUGUAAUGGGUGGAGCCUUCGAGGACUCGUCGGAUGGGCCUUUUGGCCACGGUUAUGGCGAGGGUAUCAGUGCAGGGGCUGAUACUGAGGACUGGAUCGUGAGUCGCGACAAACAUCGCUACGAUGAAAUCUUCUAUACAUUGAUGCCUGUCAAUGGGAAGGUAACAGGCAUCAAUGCCAAGAAGGAGAUGAUGAAUUCUCGUCUGCCCAACACUGUACUGGGAAAGAUCUGGAAGCUGGCAGACUGUGAUAAGGACGGCAUGCUGGAUGAUGAAGAAUUUGCUCUGGCUCAGCAUCUUAUUAAAGUCAAACUGGAGGGAUUUGAGCUUCCUACAGAGCUACCAAUUCACCUAGUGCCUCCAUCUCACAGGAAGAACCCCACUGCAGACAUCUUGUACAACCACCAGGAGGAUUGAUCAUCUUCAUAUCUGCAUAUUUAUCAGCCAGCUGCUAGCACAAAGUGGCCUUCGAAUACUGAAGUCUUACUUCAUUGAAAGGGAUGAAGCUUUAUUGGUUAAGCCAUCUUUCAUCAAUAGACAUGUGUGACUUUCACAUGCCCAAGAUUAAGUAUGUUUGAAUAUAAGUGCACUAACUCAGUGUUAAAGAACAACAUAUUCAUAUGUUUGAAAUACAUACAUAUUAAAAUUACAGCCCAUGUAAUUGAUUACUUCUAAAUUUUGUCCCUGACCUGGUGUUCUUUCACCGUGUGCUUGCAGACUGUGAAAAUGGAUGGCAGUGCAGUUGUAGAUAAUUUCAUGCAGUGCUUUCAAUGUUAUAUUACAUUUCAUAUGAAAUAACAAUUUCAGUUAAGUAUGCAUAACAGCAGCCAAAAAUAAUACACAUACGUGACACACUAUCACAGAAGCACUGACAGAGGCAUCCAUUCAUUUCACUCAUUCUGACAGUGUGAAUAUCUAUUAAAUUAAUUUUGAAACACAAUAUAGUCUUUUUUCCAUUAAGCUUUUCCAUGAAUGUACACUCUUCAUAUGAACUGCAUCAUAAUGCUGAAAUAGACUAUUUGUGAUCAUCUUUAAUGUGGGCAAAUUGAGAGUAAUUCAGUGUAUCAUGAUGCAAUUAAAAUUAUGUUCAAUACUACAUACAAAAAUACUACAUACACUUUUCUUACACUGGGUGUUAAAUUUUUUUAAAUUUCGAAUUAUGUGACAUUGAUUAAAUGUACAAAUUAAUAACCAAAGUUUUUUGUUGGGUGUAAUAUUUCUGUCUUACACUGACUAGGUUGUGAAGAGUUAUAGUAGUUUACAGCAGCAAGCAUUUAGAAAUGUAAAACAUCUACAUUUAAAAAAAUAAUCCUGCAAAAAUAUUCUACAAUUUCAGUAUUCAUGUGUUCCAGUACCACGCUUCCUUACUUUUUUUUUAGAGAUUGUCAUCCAACUCUAUUUUCUGCCUUCUAAUUUAAAAAACGUAUGUAUAUAUAUUAAAAGAUUUUACAUAAACAAUUAAUAAUGUUAUAUACAAUGACAGUAAGAAACAACAUUGAAUUAAAUAUAGUGUUUAUAUUUCUGAGGUGCAAAAAAACUUCUAUUGAAUGAUGAAAUCAGCUGUCUUUAUGAAACUCCUUUAUGCCGUAUAUACACUAAUACAGAUUAAUGUAAUUAUGUAUGUUAAACACUG